AUGAAGUACUACUCGAAGAAAGGUCAUCGGGUACAGGCUGAGACCAUGGGCGUCCCGCCAGAUGUCAAUAAUCCGCCAUUUUACAUUCCUUUGAAGCCGGUAGAGGGAAGGUACAAGUUGAUCCAGGAGUUGGGGAACGGGUCUUUUGGGUCUGUAACGUUGGCGAAAGCGCAGUUUGAGAUUUCGCAGAUCAACGGUAAGGAGGGGACAUUGAUGGACCAGUCAAUUAUUCCCACGAUACGGGAGGAGAACUGGAACAACAAGAACAAGGGUCUUGUGGCCAUUAAGACCAUGAUGACACGGUUGCCCACGUUGAAUGACUACACGCGGGUGCGAGAGAUCAAGUUCAUUCUUCAAAUUCCGGCACAUGCGCAUUUGGUCCAGAUCUACGAAUUGUUUAUCGACGACUCGUUAUACCAGUUGCAUAUCGUGAUGGAGUGUAUGGAACAGAAUAUCUACCAGCUCAUGAAGUGUCGGAAGCGGCGUGUUUUCUCGCUCCCUACUCUCCGGUCCAUCUUGUCGCAAAUUCUCUCGGGGAUUCGGCACAUACACGCACACAACUUUUAUCACCGUGAUAUCAAGCCGGAGAACAUCUUGAUCUCACCUGCAAAUCGGUAUUACAGCAAGGAAUGGAUUAGUGCUGGGCACUAUGCUGAUAACUAUGUCGUAAAGAUUGCGGACUACGGGUUGGCCCGUCAUGUGACCAACAAAUCCCCAUACACAGCCUACGUUUCUACGCGUUGGUACCGGUCGCCAGAAAUACUACUUCGCCAGGGGUCGUAUUCGCGGCCAUUGGAUAUAUGGGCUUUUGGCUGUGUUGCCGUAGAAGUGGCGACGUUCAAGCCGUUGUUCCCCGGUGCUGACGAAAUGGAUCAGAUCUGGAAGAUUCUUGAGUUGUUGGGAACCCCUCAUCCUUGUCAUGAGUCCAAAAUUUCUGGAUAUGUGCCCCACGGUGGCGCCUGGCUCCAAGCUGAGCAUUUGGCGUCGAGGCUAAACUUAAAAUUCCCAUAUGUAGAAGGUAAGGAUAUUUCGUGGGUUAUGUGUAAUCCACAGUUGGAGUCCCUAUGCGAUGUUGUGAGGGCAUGCUUAGUGUGGAAUCCGGAUGAUAGAGCCACGGUGGAGGAUUUAUGUCAGAUGCCUUACUUUUCUGGAACGAUUGUACAAGAGACAAAGCAAACGUCUCUGGCUACAGCUCACUCGGCACUGAUGUUUGCAGGAAUACUGUCUACUUCUGGGUUACAACACCGCCGUCUGAUUUUUAACGAUAUUAAUACUACUACUACUGAUAAUAAUAAUACCACUAAUAAUAAUAAUAAUCACAACACUACGACUAGUAAUAGUAAUAGCAUUCAAGCUAACGGCAAUCUCAAAAACAACGGCAAUAUUAAUAACGGUAUUAACCUCCGGACCUCGACGACGACAACGACGAAAACGAUAACAGCAACGAUAACACCAGGUACAAUGACCACCGGCAAUACGAAUACGAAUGCAAAUUCCACAAAUAACAGUUCUACCACUACUACCACCACUACCCCUAAAGCUAAUACAACGAUCAGUAAUAAUAGGAAGCGGGAAACCAACGACGAAAAUGAUAUAGAGUCAUUGGCCCAUCCAAUUCCGAUCAAACGUACAUUAGCCAACUUGUUAAGUUUUAACAAAGAGGAACCUCAGCUAAGCUUCCAAGAGUUUUUAAAAGAGACGUCAGCUGAUAAGAUAAGGGCAAAUAACAAGCAUAAUAACGGAAGCAUCAACCUACAUCUAAACAGCAACGGAAACAAUAGGGGGAACAACAACAACAAUAAUAGCAAUGGGAACAAUCUCAGCAACAGUAAUAUCAACAUUAUUCACACUUCUGCGGCUAACAAGAUUAAGGCCACGACUGCUACCACAGUUAAAGCUACUACCAUUGGCACCAUCAACCACAACAGCAGUAGUGACAGCAACAGCGACAGCAGUCGUAACACCAACAAUAAACUCAAAGACAACAACAGCAUCUGUAGUCGCUGCAGCUGCAGCAACAAAAACAACCACCACCCCAAAAACUCCAACAGGAAAUAUGUUGGAGAUGUUCGUGCAGCAUCGGAUUCUACAGUCUCUGGUCCUGAAGAAAUUACUAAGGAACUAUCGACAAACAUCGAAUUAUAUCAAGAACCACCUCCGCUGGCAGAGGAACAGCCGUUGUAUGAUGACAUAUUCGGCACCGCUGAAAAUAUAGAACUGGACGAAGACCGAGAUGAUGAUGAUGAUGACGAUGAUGACGAUGAAGAAGAAGACGAUGAUGACGAUGAAGACGAUGAAGACCCUGAAGGUGAAGAUGAAAGUUUUAUUCUGAUGUACAAAAAUGUGAUGAAUCAAGGCACCACUGGCGGUGUUAACAAAAGGGGCAACGUCGAGCCAUUGGCUCGGAACUAUAUUCAUGAUUCUACACGUCAAAAUUGUCAUGCGAUCGAUGAAAUGUCUAUCGAUGAUGCUUCUACUGAUUCUCACAACCAAAUACCUCGUGACUUCAUGAUGGAGCCAACCACUAUUCCUCAACAUGACAUAUUGCCACCAGCACAAGUUCGCCAUGAACCCACGCCAAACCAUAGUUUUGAAGAUGGGUUAAGUUUCUGA